UAUCCCCUUCAACAAAUUAUCUCAAUCUUCAAAACCCAGUCCCCAGUUACAACCGAUCAUCAAAAAUCUCCAAUGGGUCUCAUAAACAAUCACAAAUCUUGCCCAGUGACUGAAUCCCACCACUCACUCCACAAAUUCUUCGUUAUAUGCAACUACAUUCUCUUAUGUGCAGCCUCUAGUUGUAUAUUCCUCACUCUUUCUCUCCGCCUAUUCCCUUCCCUCUGCGGCUUCUUUGUCAUUCUCCUCCACGUGGUCACCAUCAUCGCAGCUGUAUCGGGCUGCUCUGCGACCUUAACUGGGUCCAACAAAUGGUAUGCAGCUCACAUGGUCAGCACUUCUCUAACAGCAAUAUUUCAAGGAUCAGUUUCUGUCCUUAUCUUUACUCAAACCGGUGAUUUCUUGGGCUACUUGAAGUCUUAUGUGAGAGAAGAAGAUGGUGCUGUAAUCUUGAAGCUGGCUGGUGGGCUUUGUUUGCUGAUUUUUUGCCUUGAGUGGGUGGUUCUGGUUCUUGCUUUCUUGUUGAGGUACUAUGCUUUUGUCGAAGGAAAUGGGAAUAGUGCUGGCGAUGGUUCUUUUGAUAGAAUUGGGAAGGUUUGAGAAGCAGGUUGUGAAAAACUGGCCUUUGGCCCUUGCGAUUUCAGAGACGUUCUAGUAAUUAUGUGGAUUUGAUUUGUACUGUACCAAUCCUAUUCUUUGUAUUUUUGAUUGUGUAAUUCAUGUUUGUAACAAUUCUAUUCUUUGUUUGUUUAGAGAAAAUUUUCCUAUUCA